AUGGCUGCAUCAGUGCGUGACAUGCACUCGGUGGAGGGCUGCCACUCCACAACCGAGAAUGGGAAACCUUCCUCCAGGAAGAGUGACUCCUGCACGACCAUUUCUUCACGUGGGCAUCGACUACGCCGGGCCUAUCUUCAUCAGGACGAGCAAAGGGCGCGCCGACCGGCAACUUCGAGAGAUGCUCCGAGCCUCUCGUCAGAAGGACGAAAGAUCGCACAUGUCGCUACAUCAGAGGGGAUCCAUUGGCAUUUUAAUCCCCCUUCGGCACCACAUUUUGGUGGACUCUGGGAGGCGGCCGUGAAAUCUGCCAAGUAUCACCUGCGCCGAACCAUCGAAACCAGGCUCACCUUCGAGGAAAUGAGUACCCUGCUCGCACAAGUGGAGAUCACCUGCUCAUCUGCACCUCUGCUGACCAUUCCCGAGCCAUCCUUGUCGGACAAGAAGGAAAAUUUGCUUUCCAGAUGGCAACUUGUGCAGCGGAUGCGAGAUCACUUCUGGCAGAGAUGGUCACGCGAGUACUUACACACUCUGGCUACCAGACCGAAAUGGACCAAGGACUCUUUGCCACCACGCAUUGGAUCUCUAUGCAUCAUCCGUUCUGAGCUCUCACCGCCAAAUAAGUGGCCACUGGCAUGGAUCACGCAGCUACAUCCGGGAGACGACGGCAUGGUGCGAGUGGUCACGGUCAAAACAGCCUCAUCCGAAUUAAUUCGUCCUUUGGUCAAAUUAGUUUUAUUGCCAGAGGAUGCUAACGCGUUUAUCUCGCACGCUAAUGUAUCAAAUGUAAAGGAGAGCUUGAAUUUAUCGCGUGUACUUUCGUGA